AUGUCGGCAGUGGGCCAUAUGGCACUAGGUGUCUAUGGUUUCGGUUGCGAGGAUGCGUUGCUUCAUCUCCUCAACUUCGUCUGGCCAAACGUCUUCGAGACGUCGCCACAUGUUGUCCAAGCUUUCAUGGCAGCUAUUGAAGGCUCCAGAGUUGCUCUUGGACCCAAUAGAAUCAUCCAGUACGCCCUUCAAGGGCUAUUCCAUCCGGCUCGUAAGGUGCGGGACAUUAUGUGGAAGGUGUACAACACCAUCUAUAUCGGCAAUCAGGACGGAUUGGUCUAUGGCUUUCCAAGGAUUAAGGAUGAGGAAAAAAAUACCUACGUAAGACAUGAGCUGGACUACGUCCUUUGA